AUGAACAAUAAUACAUUUGGCUCAGACAGAUAUGAAAAGCUACUUAAAGUAGGUGAAGGAACAUAUGGUGAAGUUUACAAGGCUAAAGACAUUCAAAGCUCUGAAAUUGUUGCUUUGAAGAAGAUUAAAUUAGAAAAUGAAGAUGAAGGUGUCCCUUCAACUGCUCUAAGAGAAAUUUCAAUACUUAAAGAGUUACAACCACAUCCCAACAUCGUUUGCAUGCAUGAAGUUAUUUAUCAACCCUAAGAGAAGAAGUUAUACCUUGUAUUUGAAUUUGUUGACUAAGACCUUAAAAAAUUCUUAGACUAAUACCGCAAAGAUAAAAAACUUUAACUUCGUCCUUACCAAAUCAAACUCAUGAUGUAUCAAAUUUUGAAUGGAUUGAAUUUCUGCCACAGCCGUAGAAUUAUUCAUAGAGAUUUAAAACCCUAAAACAUUUUAAUUGAUGCUAAGGGAAAUAUUAAGAUUGCUGAUUUUGGUUUGGCUAGAGCAUUUGGUGUUCCUAUCAAGACUCUUACUCAUGAAGUUGAAACUCUUUGGUACAGAGCUCCCGAAAUUCUUUUAGGCUAAAAGGCUUAUAGUCUCGGAGUUGAUAUUUGGAGUUUGGGUUGCAUCUUCCACGAAAUGGUUGAAAAGAGAGCUCUCUUCAUGGGUGACUCUGAAAUUGAUUAAAUAUUUAAAAUAUUCUAAUACCAUGGUACUCCUACUGAGUAGACAUGGCCUGCUUUGAAGGAAUGUCCUUACUUUAAACCUAUAUAUCCUCGUUUCAAAACUGCUGAUCCUAAGACUUACUUUAAGAAUUUCUGCGAUAAAGGAUUUGACCUUAUUUAAUAGAUGAUUGCUCUUGACCCUGCUAAAAGAAUAUCAGUAAAGGAUGCUCUCAGACAUCCCUACUUUGAAGAUCUUAGCAGAGAAGAUAUAGCUAAAUUUGAGCCUAAUUAAGUUCAUAUGUACUGA